CGCGAAAAGAACACGUUUUGCCGGGCUUUUGAUGCAUUCAUUGCACCGGUGCAUGCCUGCGUGCAUGCUUUCUAUCUGUAUUUUCUAUAAGUGAUAUCGUCUGAAAUUCAUAUCGUUAGAUUGUGUCAAAGGAAAAAAUGCCGAAGGUAAACACGAUACUUAAUUAUUUCACGUCUCCGAAGACUGUCAAGACACCGGAGGCGAAAAAUGUGGAGAGGGGAAAAUCACAAACUCCUAAGAGAGAACAAAAGAAGAAAGAGUUUGUCAAAACUAAAGGAAAAGAGAAUAAAAAAAAUGAUGAUAGAAAAAGAUCAUACAAAAAAGAUGAAGAGCAUGAGGAAGAGGAUGAACCUGCAAAGCCCAUAAAAAGGAGACGUCUUAUUAUUCCUGAUGUCGAUUCUGGUGAAGAUUCUGGAGAUGAUUUUAAGCCAGGUUCUGAGCCUUCAGAAUCUGAAUCAGAAUCUGAGGGAGACACAGAACAUGAUUCUUCCUCAGAAACAGAGGAGGAAACACCGGAGAAAAAAAGAAAAAUUUCUAACGUCAGGUCCAAGCCAGGCCCAAAAAAUCGUUCGCAAACCAAUGGAAAGGCAAACACAAAAGAGUCUAAGCAACCUGUGCAAACUCAGAAUCAAUCUACAAGCAACGGACUUCCUGCUACACAUACCUGGCCUCACUUAAAAUUUGAUUUUCUUCAACCAGGAAAAAUAAAAGAUAUUUGCAGGAGAACGUCAAAGGAUCCAGAUUACGAUCCAAGGACUCUCUACGUACCUGUUGACUUUUUGAAUAAUCAAACUCCUGCAAUGAGGCAAUGGUGGGAGUUGAAAAGUAAGCACUUUGACUGCGUGCUUUUCUUCAAAGUCGGCAAGUUCUACGAGUUGUAUCACAUGGACGCAGUUAUUUCGGUUAACGAGCUCAGCCUCACGUACAUGAGAGGCGAAUUUGCGCACUCUGGAUUUCCCGAAAUCGGAUACGGCCGUUAUUCGGCGAGUCUUAUAGAAAGAGGAUACAAAGUAGCGCGAGUCGAGCAAACCGAAAACCCGGAGAUGAUGUCAGUGCGUUGCAGCAAAAUGUCUAAAGUGACAAAGUUUGACAAAGUCGUGAAGCGAGAGAUCUGUCAAGUCAGUACCAGAGGUACGAGAGUGUAUACUCCGCUGGAUGUGGAAGCGUCCACGCCGAACUCUAAUUAUCUGUUGUCCUUGGUCGAAAAAUGCAAUCCUGGUUCGACCAUCAGCACUUUCGGAGUGUGCUUCAUCGACACGACGAUAGGCGAAUUUUAUCUCGGCCAGUUUGACGAUGAUCGCUGCAACUCCAGACUGUUGACUUUGCUGGCUCAUCAUCCACCGGUUCAUGUAUUAUACGAGCGUGGUAAUUUAUCGCAAAAGACUCUGCAGAUUAUAAACAGUACGCUACCAGCUGCGUUAAAAGAGGCGCUACAACGCGAGGUGCAAUUCUGGUCUGCUACAACCACGUUAAAAAAACUUCAUGAAGGAGACUAUUUCAAGAAUGAACAGGAUUCCAGCUUUGCAUGGCCCGAAGGCCUGAAACCGUAUCUCAACGAAGGAGACAGCUUGGGUUUAACACCAGCUGACAACAAGGAACUGGCGAUACAUGCACUGGGCGGAUGCGUGUACGUGCUGAAGGACUUUCUGCUCGAACAGCAAUUAUUAGCUCAGGCUUGCUUCAAUACUUAUAUUCCGCCAGACUUCUCAGCCACGAGCAAUCUCAAUCUCGCGAAUAACAUGGUGAUAGACGCUGUGGCGAUAAAAAAUCUAAGGAUUUUCGGAGAGGGUUCGCUCUGCAGCGUGUUGGAUCGCUGCUGCACUGCGUUUGGCAAAAGAUUGCUGCGCGAAUGGAUCUGCAGACCGUCUUGUCGCAAAGCCGUUAUCAUGCAGCGUCAGGAAGCCGUGCAGGAGCUGUUGGACCGAAUAGACGUGACACAAUCGGCUCGCGCAAUCUUGUCGACACUGCCGGAUCUGGAAAGAUUGUUAAGCAAAAUACACGCUCAGGGAAAUGCAGCCCGAAUGAAGAAUCAUCCUGACGGCAGAGCCAUAAUGUUCGAAGGGCCGACGUACUCGAAGAGAGUAAUCGUAGACUUCACGACGACUCUCGCGAAAUUCGAAGAAGUUCUGAAGUUCAUCGAGCAGUUUGACGAUUUCAAAAGUAAUCUGGUGACUCGCUGCACUCGCUACGAGCCGGACGGUGAAUUCCCUCAUUUGAGGGAAACUUUAGAUUAUUUUAAGACCGCAUUCGAUCAUGAGGAAGCUAAGAAGCAAGGUUGCAUUGUUCCCAAAAAAGGAGUGGACGCCGAAUAUGAUUCGGUAUUGGCCGAACUUGCGGAUAACACGAAGGAUCUGAAUAAGUACCUGGAGAAACAAAAGCAGCAUUUCGGUGUAAAAGUAACAUUUCACGGAACAGAUAGAAAACGUUAUCAGAUCGAGAUUCCCGAUUCGCAAGUUAAGAAAGUCGGUCCCGGAUACGAGCUGCAGUCGGCACGGAAAGGCUUCAAACGCUACUACACCGCCGAAGCAAGGGAGCUUCUAGCGAGGCAGAUGAACGCGGAGGAGCACAGGGAUAAAGUGCUGAAGGAUCUCAACAGGAGAAUAUUCGCGCAGUUCAGCGAAAAGUACGAUAUGUGGCAUACGGCCGUUUACAAGCUGGCCACUAUGGACGUGCUCAUUUCUCUCGCGGAUUACGCGCGAAGCGGCGACAUGUGCGUCCCGGAGAUUCACGACGGAUCGGACGGCAAGAUCUUCAUCGAGAUGAGAGACGGAAAACAUCCUUGUAUCACGUCUGACGACUUUAUACCCAAUGACACCUUGCUAGCGACCGACGACGCCGCUUCUCUCAUGAUCCUGACCGGUCCGAACAUGGGCGGCAAAUCGACUCUCAUGCGCCAAGUGGGCCUGAUCACGAUCAUGGCGCAGAUAGGCAGCUACGUUCCGGCCAGCUCGUGUAGCGUAACUCUGGUGGAUCGUAUAUUCACGCGGCUGGGCGCGAACGACGAUAUUCUCGCCGGUCAGAGCACAUUCUUGGUGGAAUUGAGCGAAACCGCCGCGAUACUGCAACACGCUACGCCCUAUUCGCUGGUUCUUCUCGACGAGUUGGGACGCGGCACGUCAACUUAUGACGGCACCGCAAUCGCGGCUUCGGUCGUCGACGCGCUGACCAAGCUGAAGUGUCGCACUUUGUUCUCGACGCAUUACCACUCGUUAGUCGAGGAUUACAAGACCAAUAAGGAAGUCACGUUGGCUCAUAUGGCCUGCAUGGUGGAAACGGAAGAGGAAGAGGAAGUGUCGCAGGAGACGGUGACGUUCUUGUACAAGCUCAGCGAAGGAGCUUGUCCGAAAUCCUACGGAUUCAAUGCUGCUCGAUUGGCAGGCGUCCCAUCUACAAUCACAAAGAGAGCGCACGUGAUAUCCAGCAAGAUGGAGCAGGAAACUAAUAAUAAGCAAAUCUUUACUGCUCUUUGCAAAGCUAAUGCUGCUGGAAUGAGAGAGCUCAUCGCAGCCAUUUAAUUGCGCCAAGUAAAUUUUUACGUAGAUAUAUAAAUAUAAAUUAAAUGUUCCUUAGAUGAUAAACUCGUAUAAUUCUUUUUGAAGAAAAGCUGUUCGGAGAGCAAAGUGUUCACUUUGCAACUUAGAUCUGUAAUUCGACACAAAAUAUUUUUAAGAGAUUAGUUACCAGUUUGAAAAUAGCGUAUAAAGACGGGCAUUAAUAUCUACAUUUUUAUCAUGCAAGACACACAUUUUUUAUGAAUGUGUUAAUUGCUUUCUAAAUAUUACCGCGUUAUUAAUCUGUGAAAUUAGAUGUAGCAGUCUCAGUGAGAUCCUUCGAUUUAAGUAUAUUUGACGUAUGUUCAUUCUUCAUUCAUUUUCGUAUAGAAUUAAGUUGUUGGUUUCUGCGAAGCCAAUUGAUUUCUGUCACGUUUACUCGCAUCUUAAUCCUCCAUUUACACGUACCUAUAAUAUUUUUUGCGUUAUCCUCUAAGUUAUAUAUUAAUGUACUAUAUUUUGAUAAUAAAAACCAACAUAAAAGUACAUUGUUGUGGACUCCAAACAUAGCGCAUCCUAAAAAACCCAGCGUUCUUCAAUCCUUUGUUUACCUGUUUUGGGGAGAAACUAGGCGACGUAUCUUGCUUACAAAAUUUUAUUAAUCAAUGCCAGAGUACAAAAAGGCUACUUAUGACGAAUACGAUGCAUUGUGUUACAAACAACUUAAUUUUACUCACACCAAACGACCGCGUAAGAAUCUGCGUAGAGAAGGGAGAAAACAACGGAUACAUGGUGCACGGCUCUUUGCUGUGAAAUAAAUACCUUCGAUUACGCGCUGCUAUCUUAUAAGAGAAAGAGAAGCGGGGCGACGGGCCUUGCGGAGUGCACGACGAGCGAAGGACGAGGGACGUCCUCCGUUCGCCGGGCUCGCGGCUCUCCCGUCGCCCGUUAGAAACAAGAUAAGUAUACAAUACCGAUAAAUAGAUAAAUAAUAAUAGCUCCACGUGAAUCGAGUGCGCACGAUAACGAUGUUUCUCACUCAUUUUGACUUCUGAGAGACGGCGGCACGGCGCGAAUCCACCUCUACAAAUCCCGUAUCCUUUCCGUUGCCGAAACGCGUCGCGAUGAUGAUCUCCUCUCGCGGAGUGAUAACGGGCGGAGGGGGGAUUUUCCUGCGAACGUCGUCGGCCGCGUCUUUCGUGCGACGAUAAAAUCAUGCGACUAAGAAGGCACGGAGAUUAAGAAAGCACUUGACUUGGUUUAAUGGGUUAUACAUGAUACACUUUUAUUUCUCGAAAUAACAUAUACCUACUUCUAAUGUACAAUUCCGAGGUCUUUCCAAUCUAGAUCGCAAUUUCAAU